AUGACCAUGGAGUUGCUUGAGCGAACUAGCUGGAUCUUGAGGUGGCAUGCCUCAUGCGCGAUAUGCAGCUGGAUAGCUGCUGCCUUAGUUCAAGUGGAGGGAAGCCGGUUGUUUCAUUUCUAUUCGGAGCAGGAUCGAGUUGAAAACGUAGAGAAUAAUAAAGGUAGGCAUUUGGUGUUUUGUCUACCUUUGGGCUGUGGGUGGAAGGUGUGGAAACUGGUGAAAGUUGAUAAAUGUGCAGAGAAGUGGAGGCGAGUGAAAGAUGAACUGCUUGCAUCCCAGUUCUUGUCAUAUCAAGUACUACUAUACGCCGUAAAUGUGGCUUCGUAUGGACGCCAAUAUAGUUGCACCGCUAUUCUUGUUAACACUGACGACAAGAGCCUUGAAGUUCAGACGGUCGCAUAUCCAUUCCAAAUUUUUCUCGCUGUCCUAUCUUUUAAUCAGGUCUCGAGCUUUUCGAAUGUGGGAUACUAUGAUCUUGGCGAUUUGGUCAACGACAGCGUUGUCAGCUACUCUGAUAUCGAGAGCUAA